CGAUGCGAGUGUCUGCCGCCGCGCUGCUGCUCUUGGCGCUGGGCGCCGUCCAGGCCGAGCCCGUGCAUUUCAGAGAUUGCGGUUCUCAGGUUGGAGUUAUAAAGGAACUGAAUGUGAACCCAUGUCCCACGCAGCCCUGCCAGCUGAUCAAAGGACAGUCUUACAGUGUCAAUGUCACCUUCACCAGCAAUACUGCAUCUAAAACCAGCAAGGCCACGGUGCAUGGCAUCGUCAUGGGCAUCCCAGUUCCCUUUCCCAUUCCUGAGCCUGAUGGCUGUAAGAGUGGAAUCAACUGCCCCAUUCAAAAAGACAAGACCUAUAGCUACCUGAAUAAACUACCCGUGAAAACCGAAUAUCCCUCUAUAAAACUGGUGGUGGAGUGGCAACUUCAGACUGAAAAUGAGCAAAAUCUCUUCUGCUGGAGAAUUCCAGUACAGAUAGAAGGCUAGAGCUGUUGAGUACCAGUAUGUCUCUCUGGGGUGAGGGGCACAGGUGGAGGGAGGGAAGAAGUGGAGGAGCAAUCAUCGGAAACUAAAUCAGUGCCAUGAGAUGAAAGGAAUUCCGAAACUGCUGUCUUACACCUCUCAACCUCGAAAAGCAUCUAAGACCCUAUUUUCCUGAGCGCUCACAACUGUCGCCUUUGUAAUAUCCUUUAUAAAAAGGUUGAAGGGAAGAAGAGAGAGUGAACUGUGGGGCUUGAUUUAAUUGUCUUCAUUGCUUUUUGCUGCUGGAAUAAGGAAGACUCUAGGAGGCAGGACCUGAAGGGAUUGCUUAGAGGACAUCAGAUAACUUGCCCUAGGGUAUCACCCUCCAAUAGAGCAAGGGUUCUGGCCCACUUUCAUCUUGGCUGGGACGUUCUGUCCACAGGCACCUCAUCUCUAAGUGCCUCACUGAGUUUGGUGCGUGUGACCAGCGAGUCUGCUGGCUCCUGACAGCACCUCCAGUUCUGCUGCUUCAGCCAUGGUGACUUGCUCUCCGUGGUGGUGCCCAGUGACUCAGUAGAGAAGAGGUGUUCUGUGGCAGGGUUCAGCUCUGGGUGGCUGGUUCUCUGUGGUCCUCGUCUCUUUUUCUGUCUUAGGUGGUUUUCAUUAAGUGCAGCACUUGGUUAGUAGACCUUUGAUUAAAAAAAAAUUUUUUUUAACAGCAUUAACCUGUGGCCUCUUUCUGCCCCUGCAAAUGUAUCUUUGAAUAAAUAAAAACUCAUCAGUCUUGUCUUCUGCAUUUGGGCUGUGAUCACCUGCUUCUUUCAGAGGACAUUCCCCUAGACCCAUGGAAGGCAAGACCCCAGGUCCAUAGUCCCAGAGUGCACUGAAGACAUAACUUCUUCAGAAACUGUCUUUUUCUUCCUUUUUGCCCAGUUAGAUGGUAUCUACCUGUUUUGUAAAGAAUAACCUGAUUUGGCACAUCUUAUAUCACCAACCUGCUAAGAAGCAAAUAUCACUUAAUUGAAUAAUGACAACACCUGACAUGACAGGCUGAGGGAGCUUAGGAUGAGGCAUCUUUUGGGAAACCCCUGCCGCAAUGAGGAAAGCCCAGAACCUAAGAUGAAGUGCAACAUAAGCGAAUCAUGGCUAAACUAAUUACAUCUUGGAGUUUCCUACUCUUAAAGUACAAGUAUGAUUAUGGGCACGUAUUUUGCUAUCCGAGUCAGUGUACUGUCUGUCAGCUCUUAGUGGUACAGGGAUUACCACCCUCUUCACAGUUGGGUUGAAUGACAUGGGCCUUGGAAGGCCCUUGUUAGGUUGAAGUGAGCUCGUACAAAGUGCUUAUGAGCAAACAAUUCAUAUGGUCCGUUUUUUUUUUCAUCCCAAUAAUUUCACUCGACCCUUGGAUUUCUUUGGCCUGUGAGUUUCCCAGGAAAACCACCAGGGGACAGCAGUGGAUCAGGAAUAACUUAUCAACAGCCAUACUUUCCUAUGUAAUGCCCGGGAGCCGCUCAACCACUGGACUUUUUAGCUUGGGUCUUUUGUGAAUCCUGUCACAUUGAGUCAAGCAGGACAGCUCACCCUAUUUCCAAUGUCAGACCCUGUGUGUAUCAGAAUUGUGUGAAUUCCCAAGAUGGUUAACUGCUGUUGUCUCUGGCCUCAGACUGCCUGAAGGUGAAUCCUGACUCCACUGAUUAAUAGGACUACUGGUUUGGUCUUAAAAUCACUUUCUCUCCCUGUGGGUCAGUUUCCCUAUCUGCUAAAUAGGAAUAAUAAUAGUGAGCCUGUGAGGAUUAAUGAGACCAGGUACAUCAAAUGCGUCUUGGCAUAUAGCAUACACGCUGUAAAUGUUAGCUGGCACUCUAGGAGACAGACAUUGUAAUUUGUCUAGAAAUAGCAGGAAAAUCAGAAGUUUCAAUCCAAGGUAUGGUGAUGUCUCCUCAAGAAAACAGCUGUCCUUUGUGCACAGAACUUUCUGAGGGGUCUGGAAAAACUCAGUUCUCACAAUUGUCUGCUAUCUCCCUGUUAUCAGAAGAUAUGUAAUUCAGCUCGCUUGAGGCUACCUGCCCUCCAUGCUUUUCUGCCCUCACGUGUUGAAAGAAGAGGGGAACACACUACAGUGCAAAAUGAGAACAGCCUGUGGCUGGGAACAGUUCCUGCUUCAGGGAGGGUUAGUUUUGACACGACUGACUAGUUGAAUGUUAAACUGUUUUGGAAAUAAUUCACAUACCUAAGUGCUAGAUGUUCUUCUCCAUUUAUUCUUUGAAUUUAAAAAAUAAAUGUUUUCAUACUAUAAACCUUU